UCCUUUUAAAAUAAACAGUUUAAAUCCAAAACUCAAAGACUAUGUUCGUGCUACGUUCAAGCUCACGCGUGAAGAUUUGGAUAAAAUAAAGCAAAGCGUGUUAUCGAAAUGGGAAAUAAUGGAUACAAAUGAAUCAAAGCCAAAGCCAGCGACUCUUUCUUCUUUUAUUCUCACUUGUGCUUAUUCACUUGUUUGUAUUGCAAAAGCUAUUCAUGAAGUUGAAAAAGAGAAAGAGAAGUUUGCUUUGGCUUUUUCAGUUGAUUGUAGAGCAAGGUUGGAACCACCAAUACCAAAUAACUAUUUUGGAAACUGUGUACCAGGGUAUUUUAUCGAUACAAAUCCAUUGGAUUUCAUAAAAGAAGAUGGUGUGUUUUUAGUUGCUAAGUGUAUUUUCGAGAAAAUAAAGAUAAUAAAAGAAAAGGGUGUUUUAGAAGAAAAUAUGGUUGAUGUGUUUCAUAAAUACGGUUCUUUAUUUAAGGAAGGAUUUGUAACUUUUGGAGUGGCUGGAUCUAAUAGAUUUGGUGUUUAUGAGAAUGAUUUUGGUUAUGGAAGGCCAGAAAAGGUGGAGAUAGUGUCCAUAGAUAAAGGUUUAUCAAUUGGUUUUGGAGAUAGAAAAGAUAGCAAUGGUGGAGUUGAAAUUGGCCUUGUUCUAAAAAAACAUAUAAUGGAUCUCUUUAUCCCUUUGUUUCUUGAAGGACUAUGAUGUUUUUUUUAGUUGGGGAAGGUCGGAAAAGGUGGAGAUGGGAAUGGUGGAAUGCAAGUUGGAUUAAAUAAAGAUGUGAUGAAUAUUUUAUAUGGAUAACAUGUUUGAAGUAUUGUCUACUUGUUUUUCAAUAAAGUUCAUGUAAGUUAGGUUAUGAGGCUCUUGAAAAUAAGGAUAUGUCUUAAUGGUCAAAAAAUACAUUUAUAAAUAUGGAAAUGCAAGCUGAGACAUCAAAAUAAAUGUUAAAAC